AGUCGGCAGGGGUGCCGACUUCAGCCCCAUAUCUCACAGUUUGUGUUUCUCAUGUCUAUCUUUUUUUGCAUCAAUAAGUUGUUUUUUUUUUUUUGAGAGAGAGAGAGAGAGAACGGGAGGCCAUGCCACCCAACUUUAUUGAGGAAACUGUUUACAAAAGAACUCUGGAGCUUCAGAAUGUACAAGGAAAGAAUAAAAGGUUACAAGGUUGUAAGAAUUUUGAAGAAAGUUCUAACAAGCAAAACUACUAGGAACAGAGCAACAGCAAGGAAUAAAGCUGAAUUGCGAUCAGAAGUAGGCUUCAGUGUGUUUCUCAUGUCUAUCAUUCUUCUCCCUUCUUCCUCUUCUUAUAACAUGAAAAUGUUUUUCUUUCUCAUAUUUACUGCAAAAUGCAAGCUUAAGGUUUUAAAACAACCUCCCUUGGUCACAUCUAUGUCCCGAUCAGCUCCCAAAAAGUAAAGCAUCUUCUUCACAACAUAAGACAGAGAUGGCUUUGGCUCCUAGAAAAAGCUACCUAGUGGAUAUAAAAUCCAAAAGAAGUUAAAAGAAUAAUGUUCUCUUGUUGACAUAUUUAUGAAACCCAAUCAAGCCAAAAAUCUCCUCCAAUGAAGCCUGGCCAAUAAACCAAAGGAGGCGAAACUCUUUUUUCCCAACAUCUUCAUCACAUGCUAGGCUGUAACACUGUUCAAGAUCCCACCUUGCUGCCUUUUUCCUUCUCUCUGUACUGUUGGGCAGCAUAAAUAGCGUUAGGUUGGCCUCUCAUCAAGCAAUUCUCAAGCAUGCAUUGUUCUAGUGGUGGUGGGUGGAGUUAAAAAGUGUUGUCCCCCCUCACCAGUCCACCACUCUCCUCCAUUCCAAAGGCCACCUUCAUUUCACCAGUCUCUCUCAAGCCUCCUCCACUAUCUCCAGCCUAUAAGAACCAUCCGACAACCCCAUGCAGGGAAUCCACACAUCCAUGUCCUUGUGCACCCACUCCUCUAGAAUGUCCUCCAUCGGGCUGUCAAACACUGACAACAGCGUCCGCUCCAGGCGAGCUCACCGUCGGCAUGACUCUGGUGAGCUCGACGUCUUUGAGGCAGUACGCUACUUUGCCGGUGCCAUGGACGAAGUUGGUCUCGCCGGAAGAAUUGGUCCUCAGAGAGUCAUUGGGGAAGACGGUGUGCUUUGGAGGGAAGAGAGGAAAAGUUUGGACACACCAAUGACGACCAUACCUCCCCAAGAGUGCCAAGGGGUGGAGAAAUGCCAUUCCAAUGAGAGGAAGGGUAAGCAACCAAGCUCCCCUGGUACUAGGUUGGCUAGCUUUCUAAACUCUAUAUUUAACCAAACUGGUUCUAAGAGGAAAUCCAAGUCUUGCACCACCGCCAAGUCAUCGAAGGAUGGAGAGUUAGAAGAGAGGCCUGGAGGGAGGAGUAGGAGGAGGAGUUGCCACUCCCGGAGCACCCCUCCCCCUCACACCAACAUCCCAGCAAAGUCGCAGGAGGAACAGUGCGGAAGCUAUAAGUUGGCCCAUGGCCAUCCAAAGGUGGCAACUUUCUGUCCACAAAGAGAGGUUUGGGAUGAGAGAAGGGUACAAGGGGAGACUUGGCUAGCUGAGAUAGCUAAGUUCAGUGAUAGACUUCAUGACAAAAGCAAGGUUUUGGGUGGUGGGAGGCUUGAUGUGGCUUGGAAUGAAGGGCUGUUGGAGAACAGAUGGGUGUUACAUAGAAAUAAAGAGGGGUUCUUCGAGAAGCAUGGGGAAUGUGGGGAUGAGUUUAGAAGAAAGGAGGAGAGUAUGGAGGAUAAUGGAGGGGAGACUGACUCCAGCUCUGAUCUUUUUGAGCUGAAGAAUAUUGAGUUUGGGGAGUUCUCAAGUGGACUGCCCUUCUAUGGGACCACAGAAAUGGAGAUAGUUGAGAGAGGAUCUUCCAUUACUAGUGUUCCCUUUUAAGAACCUAUAUUCUGUGUCACUCUUUUGUUUCAAUUUUUCUGACUUAUAUUUUUUAUAUAUGGGGAUUGGUUGUGAUCAGAUGUAUCUCUCUGGAGUGAAAAUAGAACAGAAGAAGCUUCUGUUGUAAAGCUAAUAUUGCUUCUGAUGAUCUGCUUCUUCUGUUGUUCAUGAUUAUACUAAAAAGUUACUUUUUAUCCUUGUAAAGCUCUCUCUCUCUCUCUCUAACACAAUUGGUGCUGCUAAUAUCACAUUGAAUUAUCAUUGCUCCAUAGUGAUGGCAUGGAAAAAGAUUUGAGACCUAAAAGGUGGGGGCAAUGAA